AUCGGAUUAGAAAUUGAACUCGUUUUAUAUUUUACAAAUUUUAUUUCAGAAGUUACAGAACUUACGUAAAAGGUGUUUUGUUUCGUCACGUUUGCAACGUUCAGCUGAUUCAGACGACCUAACGGUCAGCUGGCCUUCGCUGGCCGCGUGACCGCGCGACUCAUUACGAAGUGGCGCUGGGUGGAGUAGUUAAAAGUCAGCGAAGUUGUAAACAGCUGAAGUGGCUGAAGUGCUAAGGCAAACUUAAUUGAAAGCUCUCGAAGCUUGCAGGCUUCCGAGUACAUAGUCCUAAAUUCCACUCGGAAGCCAAGUUUUACGAUGGACGAGCAAAACAUUGCCAGCGUUCGAAAUAAGCUAAACAGUGAGAAUAUAAAGCUAUGGUUGCCUCCGUACACGGUCGAUGGCAGCGAAGGAAAUUUUCCGACUGAGAUGGUGGAAAGAUACGCAGCUGAACUGAAGUUGGACAUAAUCGUAGUGCUGAACGUGCUGCGAAACUUGCGAAAUCAUGCAGUGACGAAGCUGGCUUCAAACCAGAAAUUUAAAACCACGGGUGUUGCCACGCUGAAAGUGAAAAUUGUCAACCCACAGCAGAAAUCUCCACCAAGAAAAGAGUUCGAAACGAUCGAAAUUAAUCUCGAUGAAAAUGGUCAGAAUUUACGCGAAUUAGUUGCUUCGAAGUGCUCUGUUGAUUCAGGAAAAAUCAAGUUGAUUUCUGCUGGAAAAGUUAUUCAAGACACCUGUUCACUGAAGGACCAAUCAGUUAAGAACCAUGGACAGCUCUUGGCUUUGUUUCUGACGGAAACGGUGCAAGAAUCACUUGAAAAGGAGAGAAAAGAACUAGAACUAAACAAGAUACGCGAAGACGCAGAUCUUCUGUCUUCAGUGGAUGCAGAUGAUCCUGACAACCGGUACUACAUGCAGAUUGCAGAUCAGACUGGCAAACCCAUUCCCCUUCCAGUGGAAGAGAGAAAGGCCCUUGGCCUAGCCAUGGUGCUGCACGAAAAAGGGCGUUCUGCGAUGAAGCGGAAAGAAUACAGCGAGGCUUUGAUACUUUUCCUUGAAGCGGACAAAGAGUUUGGACAUUGCAAUUCAGAGCUACUGAAGAGUGUGGACAAUUAUGCCCUCCUAUGCCUCGACAUUACAUGGUGCUAUCUCUCCCUGCAGAGUGUAAAUCAGCUCUUUGAUGCAGAGGCACGAUUGAAAGCCUGUGAGAUGGGAUUUCAUCGAUGUUAUGGCGAAAACUUGGAACGCCUUACAGCAAUCAAGGGUGGCUCAGACAAGGAAGCAGCUCUGUACAGCCGCUUGUACCUGCUGCAAGGUAUCGUGGCCUUUCAUCAGCAGCAGUACCCCCAGGCACAGCAAUAUUUGGAGCGGGCAGCUUCCACCAUAGCACGACUCAAGGUGGAUGACGAAGCCAUGACUCAGAUCAUGGCCCUUGGUUACAGUUCCACAGAGGCACGGCUAGGGCUCCGGUCAGCAGGGGGCAAUGUUGACCUGGCCGUGCAGUACAUCAUAUCACAGCACGAAGAGAGAGAAGCACAGCUUGGAAAGGAGGAAGCGAAGAAGAAAAGGAGGCGCCGAGAGAAACGGUUGGGAAAAACUCAGGCCGGGGAGUGGGUCAAUGCUGAGCAUUAUGACACGCUCCGGUCGAUGGGGUUCUCAUCGGGUCAGGCUCGCCGCUCUCUGCAACAGGCCAACAAUGACAUCAACUUGGCCGUACAGAUCAUGCAAGACACGCCACUGGGCAGUACAUCAAGUGGCUCGUCGGGAUUUGUGCCACUGGGCCACGAGGGAGCUCAAGGAAUUCCAGAAUCAAUGCUGGCCCAACUUCUUGCUCUUGGCUUUGACUUUGAAUCGGUCAAUGAAGCUCUUGCCAGGAAUAAUGGAGACCUGGAUGCUGCAGUGAGUGAAUUGAUGGCUGACGAUGACAUGGAGCAUGGUUUCUUUCAAAAUGAGGAUGGAAGGGACGAAAAAGAACGUGAAGCUUUGGAGAGGCUCACGCAAGAUAUAUCGGGUCAUGAAGAGGACUUCCUGGAUGCCACGCUCGAAGAAGAAUUGCUCUACUUGAAGGAAUAUCGGACGAAAUUAGUUGAGCUUGGAUUUUAAACGUUGAUUUCAAAUAAAUUGCUCGGCCUUGUGGGAUUUCACAAGUCCAAAUGUAC